UUUGAGCACCCUGUAAUACCAAGAUGAUAGUAUCACAGGGUGAGGAAAUACCGUGGGAGCUUUUAAUUGCAUCCUAAUGAGAUAGGCAUGGACUGACAAUAUAUGUGUGUCUCCCAAUCAGUGUAAGUGGAAGUUUCUACUGAUAUUGUAAUAUUUGACUUGAUAAGUAGUUUGGGGUUAUUAAGAAAUUCAUAUUACCUGAAAGGUUUCUCAGUCUACCCUUGUUCUGCUACUUAUUACUCAGUAUUAAUGGAAAUAGUUUAAUCUUAGCACUGUAACAACACUGGAAAAAGGAAUAUGACAGGAUUCAAAGCCCUCUGUCUGGGGCUGUUUUGUGUUCUCUUUGCCAUUCAUAUUCAUGUACCCAUACCAAGCAACAUUGAAGAACGCUGGAAAGUAAUGGCCUUGGAUGCAAUUGCUAGAACGUGUACAUUUAUGGGUAUAUGUUUUGAAAAUAUAGGUAUUAUGAAAUAUGAAGACCUUAUUUCCAUGAUAUUCAGACUAGAUUAUAUCGAACCACUCUCAGAUGAAAACAUCACAGUGACAGAUACAGUGUUUGCUGAUGUUCCAGUGCGUUUGUACUUGCCAAAGAGAAAGUCAGAAACCCCGAGACGGGCUGUAAUCUAUCUUCAUGGUGGUGCUUACUUUUUUGGAAGUUUCAAGCAGGCGGGUUUUGACUCCCUCAACAGACGGACAGCCAACAAACUCGAUGCCGUUGUUGUGGCAGUGGACUAUAGACUAGCUCCCCAACACCGCUCUCCAGCUCAGUUUGAAGACAGCAUGGCUGUAGUCAAGUUUUUCUUUCAGGAUGAAAUUCUUACAAAAUAUGGAGUGGAUCCCACCCGAGUAUGUAUUUCGGGAGACAGUGCUGGAGGCAGGUUAGCCACAGCAGUGACGCAGCAGGUGCAGAAUGAUCUUGAAAUAAAACAUAAAAUCAAGGUACAAGCUUUACUUUAUCCUCACUUACAGGUAAUUGAUUCGUAUUUGCCAUCUCUCAGAGAAAGUGAGAAUGGUAUAGUUGUGACACGGGACUUAGCCAUAAAACUAUUGGGUUUAUAUGUCAGUGAGGAUAAAACAUUGCCCGAGGCAAUGAGAAGAAACCAACAUAUGCCUCUGGAAUCAGGACAUUUGUUCAAGUUUGUUAACUGGAGCAUUCUCUUACCCAAGAAAUAUAGGAAGGACCAUGUUUAUACGGAACCAGUUUUUGGAAGAACUAAUUAUUCAUUUCCAGCACUUACGGAUGUCAGAGUAUCACCCUUGUUGGCCAAUGAUUCCCAGCUACAAAAUUUGCCAUUAACCUACAUUCUGACCUGUCAAUAUGAUAUUUCGAGAGAUGAAGGACUUAUGUAUGUGUCAAGACUUCAAAAUGUUGGAGUUCAAGUUGCUCAUGAACAUAUUGAGGAUGGAUUCCAUGGAGCCUUAUCAUAUAUGACACGACCCCUGUAUUUACAUCUAGGUCUCAGGAUAAGAGAUAUGUAUAUUAGUUGGCUGGAUAGUAAUUUAUAAGAUAUAUACAACCAUCACUUGGUUGUAAUUAGUGAUACUUUGUAGUUGUAGUGCAAAGAACAAUGUCAUUUUUGUUGUCUAAAUCUAUAUUUGAAUCAGUUGUUAUAAUACUGCUUAUCCUUGAACUAGUAAAUUUUUUGACUCAGAAAACCUGCAUAUGUCAAAUGUUUAUAAUCCUGUCUAUUUUCACAUUACUUAUAGUUAUUAUAAGUAUGUUUGUCUGAAUAGAGAUGAAUGCUUACUGGCAAGUUACAGAAGACAAUUUCUAGGCAAGCACAGAAGUUGUAGUAAUAAGUGGGAAAAGAAAAAUAAGGGAGAAAAUGCGAAGUAAUUGUAUUAGUUUCCCGCGGCUGUUACUACAAACUUUGUGGCUUAAAACAACAAAAAUAUAUUCUCUUAGAUGUACUGGGCCUGACGUCCAAUAUUAGUAUCACUGGGCCAAAAUUAAGGCACUGGCAAGAGACAUGCUCACUCUGAAGGUUCUACAUACCGCACCCCUUGCACUGUCAUCUGGUGGCCGCCAGUACGCCUUGCUGUGGCCAGACAGACCACCUUCAGCUCAGAGGUCAGCAUCUUCAAAGCUCUCUCUGUUCCAUCUUCACAUGGUCUUCUCCUCUAAGAAAGAUACAUGUGCUUGCACUCAGGGUCUAUCCUAAUAAUCCAGAAUAAUCUCCCCAUUUUGAGAUUCUUAAUUUAAUUACAUUAAAAAAUUCCCCCUUUUCAAUCCCCAUAUAAGGUGACAUUCAAAGAGAUCAGGCUUUAGGUAUUUUGAGGAGGCUUUUUUUUUAACAUUUCAGUCAAAUUUUAUUUUUUUAAAGCAACACAUCAAUGUUAUAAUUCAAUUUAUCUAAAUAUGCAUUUGGUAAUGUGGUACAUAGUGAAAAAAAUUCUGCAAACACCCUCAAACAUAUCAUCUCAAAAUACCCAAUAAGUAAAUCACUUCUGGAAGCCUUUUGUUAAGUGGACUCAUAUAACUAAAAUUGAAUAUUUAUUGGUGUGAAAAAUAUGUGUAGUACAGUAGUAUGAAUCUUAUGUAUUGAGCAUAAUUGAUUGAAACAAGCUAAGAAGUUAAAAUAAAAAGGUGGAAAAAG